UUUUUCCCGCCUUUUUUUUUUUUUUUGUUUUCAAAAACACUCUCUUUUCUUUUCUUUUUCCGCAAGUUGGCCGCUCGCAGCCAGCGCCCACCACCGCCACUGCCAUGUUCUAUUCAGAGACCGUUCUGGCGAAAAAGUCCGUUCUGGGCAAAGUGUGGCUGGCCGCGCACUGGGACCGCCGCCUGAACAAGAAGCAAAUCGCUGAAAUCAAAGUCUUUGACUCGUCCAACGAGAUUCUCAAGCACCCCAUCAAGCUGUCCCUGCGCACGUCGGGCCACUUGCUGCUGGGCGUCGUGCGCAUCUACUCGCGCCAGGCAAAGUACCUCCUCGCCGACUGCUCGGACGCCCUCGUCAAGCUGCGAAUGGUCUACCGCACUGGCCGUGUCGACCUUCCCGCCGACGCCAGCUCGGCCGCGUUCUCGGCCAUCACGCUCCCAGCCAAUGCCCGCGACAUGGACUUUCUAGUCGCCGACGUUGACUUUGAUGCGCUCGAUUUGCAAACUUCAGCCAUCACGGAAGUCAUGCGUGGCGCGAACGACGGCAACGCCGACUAUGGCUUUGACAGCGAGUUUGGACCGGCUGACGAGUCCACAGACCAUCAUGUGGCUGAGGUCAUGCGAAGCGCUCCAGACGACGACGAGGAGACAACGGCGUUCGAUCGCCGCGCGCUGGCCUUGCCGACCAAAAACGUCCAAGAACGCGGGGGUGACGACUACGUCGACGACACGUACUUUUACGGAGAGGACAACUUUGGCGCAAACGAUGGCGAUGUCACAGACUUUUUCAUGCCCAAGGAGAGCAUGGCGGACGAGUCCGACCUGCCUGGUGCUUCCGAAGCAGGCUCGCUCCUCCGUCACAGUGUCCGUCUCAGCGACAUGCUCGAUCUGCCGUCCAACAACCAGACGCUGCUCGAACCCAUGUCGAUGUCGAUGGAGGCGUCCGUGCUCGACACCUCGGCCGCCCCCGCCCCCAAGCCAGCCCUUCGCACCCGCGCCAACAAGCGAAAGCUCGUCGUUGACAACGAGAUUACCAUUUCAACGGCGCAGAUGAAGGCGCAGCUCGCCAACAGCGACAACAUUGUUCAGCAGUCGUUUGUUCCUGCGCCCCUGACCAAGCGUCAAAUGCGUGUUCGACAAUUCGAACUUGCUGGACCUUCAAGCUUGUUCAACAACCCCGCCAUGUUUGCGACCGUCUCCCCGCUGCUGCUGCAGCUGUUGGAGCGGGCCAUGAACGACGAUCGAACAUCGAGCGACGACCGAACAUUGCGCAAGCGCGAUGCCGGCGCGGCUGACACGUCCCGCAUCGAACCCGAACAGAUGCGAGACCACGAGCGACCUGCCACUCCAGCGCGCUACCCCGACCAGGCCAUGAGCGCCACCGAUGACUCCACCACCGUUGGUGACGUCCCGUUCGAUGACUUUGGCUACAACGAUGAUGGCGACUACAACCAAUUAGAGCCCGAGACGGCGGAAGAGCGGGAGCAACGGCUGGCGAAUCGCAGGGAAGGCGCCGCGCUCAUGACCGAGCAGACACGAAAGAGCCGGCGCCAGCUCGAGGACGAGAUGGACGAGGACCAGGCUGACGACGAGGGGGCGCAGGCACGGAAGCAGGCGGCGGACGCUCCGGAGGAACUCACUCGUCGCGAGCUGAACGAGAUUUUCGAGAAGCAGGACGAGAUGAGCUUCAAAGAACACAUGGACAACGCUACCCGUAGCAAGGCCGCCGAGUUUUUUGUGCAUUUGCUUCAUCUUCGCGUCACAAACCACUUGGAAAUCUCCCAAGGCGAGCCCUACGGCGACAUUGUUGUGAAACCAGGCGUGAACUUUGCCAAGACUUUCGCUCGCGCUCUGCGGACCUGAGAACCAAUUUGAGUUAUGCCCCCUCUCCUCUUCUCGCCCGUUCUUGUUGAUUUUCGUUGUGUUAUUCCAAGUUGCAUGUCAAUGUCGUUUUCUUCUUUGGAAAUAAUGAAUUGCAUGUCUUUGAAC